AUGACCGAUUACCGCCCACAAGACAAGGCUUCUCUGCCGCCCAUUGGAUUCAUUGCUGUUCAAUGUUUCUUCUAUCGCCCUGCCGGCGAUGCCUUCAACGAGAACACUUGGGCUUUCCCUAUUAUCCGCGAGCUCGCUGAGGGUUCUAAGGAGAGUGAGCUUGUCACCAAGGAAGCUUAUGAUGGUGCUUUCAUCGAUAAUUUCGUUGCUGCAGGCAAAAGGCUCGCUGAGCGCGGAGCAGUUGGAAUUUUGACUAGCUGUGGAUUUCUAGCAAUGGCUCAGCCCCUGUAA